AUGCUUACAAGACGGUGUCGGGCACCGACGCAGGAGCACAUCUGGCGCAGUCAGUGUGACGGCCGCGGUAGUUGCAACUUUCCCACGAGAAGCAGCUACUCUGGCACAGCGUUGGCAGAUGAGAUGCCGGACCAGUAUUUGCAGAUGCGAGAGUAUGUCAAAGCUGUCAUCAAGACUUGGGAAGGUACGCAACUGAACUUUGGCAUGCUCAACGUCUCUUCUCUCACCUGGCUCCGGCCGGAUGCGCAUCCCGGCCCGGGUGCACCUCACUCCAAUUCGUCCAGCGGAAGAAUUGUGGUGGACUGUUCGCAUUACAAGAUUGCCGCUGGCGGCGUUCCUGACACCUGGUGCCUCGUUUGCGAACUCGACUUUGGGAAUAAGAAGAGCUCGGCGGCCCAACUUCUUCGACACUUUACGAAUGAGCACCCCAAUGCGACCGACGCCGAAUUGGCCUCCUCGGCGCUCACCAAGUGCGUGGCGUGCGACAAACUUGCGUGCGUCAUCGUCACGGGAGGCAACCAACGGAGCAACUUCUUCAAUCAUUACGUCAGUAACAGGAACCAGCGUCAACACCAACAACGCGCGGGCGCCGGACACACCCCGACCGCCGACUGCAACGCCGCCGCCGCUUGGGUCCGUGAGCACGCCCCUCCCCGGUCCCCCGGCUCGUACGUCACCCACGCCGUCGGCACCAACUCCGCCGCCAGCCGGAUCCAGCAGGCCCGCCACCUCGACGACGUCCCCGGCGCCGCCCGCAUACAGAGAGCAGCGGUCGCCGCGUUACACAACGCGUGCGGCAACCCUCUCAAACUCAACACGACUCCGGCCGCCGACUUUAACCUUUGCUUCACCGACGGCAUCUCGCUCGAGGCCUUCAAACGAUUGCAACUGCAUGACCUCGGGCGAGCGUUUGCCAGCACGCCGCGGAAGCCGGGCACCCUCGAUGGUGCACGUGGAGCCUGCUACGCCGUCGUGUCCGCCGUGCUCAUCACCUGGGUGCACUCGCUCCGCGCCGUGCAAGCCGAGCAGGACAGCGAGUACUCGUCCGACGAGGACGAGUGCACGUCCGACCAGGACGACCGCGGGCCCGCGUACGAGUCCGACGACGACGAUGGUUACGACCGCAUAGCAAACGACGACCUCGAUGCGCUCAUGCGCUGCUUUGACGACGAACGAAGAUGCCGCGCUUAUCGCGCUCGCGCGUCACCUCGAGUCCCUUCCCACUGCUUGAUCCAACCCUUGGCCCUCUGA